AAUACAAGCAAUUGCUUAGUAGCAAUCAGCAAUUGAACAAAGAGCUAGAGAAAGCAAACAAGUCGAUACAAAAGAGCAAAAAAGCUAAAGAGUAUCAGUUACUCUCCGAAGAGAAUGAGGUCCUUCAGAAGAGACUCCACACUCAAGAAGAAGACUUCAAGCUACAGAACACAACACUAAUGAACGAACUGGCUAAGGUUUGUGAAGAGAAGGAAGCAUUGAAGAAAGGGGGUGGGGCAGGAGGUGUGGUUAGUGGAGAUAGAGGGAGUUCACAAGAACUGACUCACUUGCAAGCUGAGAACAAAGCAUUGCAAAAAUCACUGCAAACGUUACAAGAACAGCUUCAAUCAGCAGGGACAGAAGGAGAGCAGACAGAGGGAGAAGAACCGUCCACCAUUAAAGAAGAUGACAGAGUACAACCAGCACAGGCUCCUCCAGUGGCCAUUAAUCUAAAACUAGCUACUCUUGAAGAAGAGAAUAAGAUACUACAAGAGCAGCUAUCGGCAAUGGAGGAGAAGGGAAGGAGAGAAAAGGAGGAGCUUAAGACCCAGAUUGAUAGACUGGAGGAGAAAACUAGAAAGAAACAAGAAAUUUUAGUUCAAGUGCAGAAUGAAAAGGAGAAAAUAUUAAGUGAAAACAAAUUAAGUUAUGACAACAUGUGUCAAGAGAAGGAGAGAGAGAUGGAGUCUUUGCAUCAAGAAAUAAAACAACUACAAGAAGAAGAUGAGAAAAGACGACAAGAGAGUGAAUCCAGUGCUGAUUUAGCUCAACAGAUUUCAUUUCUUAAAAAUGAGAAGGAGGAGUUAUUGAAGAAAUAUAGACAUUUACAGGAGCAUCAAGAAGCACUUACUAAUGAACGGGACAGUAACAAAGUUAUUCUAGAAGAGCUGAGUACAGAGUUACAACAAUCAAAGAAAGAGUUGGGAGAGAUGAAGAGGAAGUAUUCAGAUAUGGAGUUGGAACUGAAAUCAUCUCAAGAAGCUAAUGACAGUCUUGCCGAUCAGCUAUUGACCGCUAGGGAAGAAAGAAUAAAACUGGGAGAAACUAUAUCAACCAUUGAAAAGUUGGCUGACAAGCGGAAGAGCCUGUUGGAUGAGAUGGCCAUUAAAGAACAUGAAACUGCUACUGAAAAUAAAAAGAAAGAAAAUGAUCUAAUAGACAAAUAUAAGGGUGAGAUUGAGUCUCUCCAGUCACAAUUGGAUGAAGAAAGAGAAAAAGUUAAACAUUUGAAUUCAUCAGUUGAUGAAUUGGCUGAUCUUAAGAGAAGAAUAAAGUCAAUGGAGAAUAUGAAGGAAACUUAUGAGCAACAACUGAAGGAAGCACAAGUAAUCCAUCUAGACU